AUGGCGAGCCUGCUGAAGAAGAACAGACAUUUGUAUGAUUUGUCUUUUCAGAGGUUAAGAAUAUUGUACACAAAGAUUCUUGAUGUUCUUGAGCAAAUCCCUAAAAAUGCAGCAUAUCGAAAAUAUACAGAGCAGAUUACAAAUGAGAGGCUGGAUAUGGUGAAAGCGGAACCAGAUGUUAAAAAAUUAGAAGACAGGCUUCAGGGUGGCCAAAUAGAAGAGGUGAUUCUUCAGGCUGAAAAUGAACUAAGUCUGGCAAGAAAAAUGAUACAGUGGAAGCCAUGGGAGCCUUUAGUGGAUGAGCCUCCUGCCAACCAAUGGAAAUGGCCAAUAUAAUCAUCAUCAAAUAACUCGUGUGUUGAAGGGAAAAUGAUGUGAUUAAAUGUUCUGUUAUAUCAAAAA